GAGACAUCUCCUCCCUACCAUAGUCAAUUUUUGCGGCUCUCUCGUUUUCUUCCAUUUUUAUUGAUAUAUAAAAAUCCAUUUAUUUUCGACCUUUCUUUUUUAUUUUUUUUCGCCCUUUUUCAAGAGGCAUCUCCUCCCUACCAUAGUCAAUUUUUGCGGCUCUCUCGUUUUCUUCCAUUUUCAUUGAUAUAUAAAACACUCUCUCUCUCUCUCUCUCUUUCUCUGGUUUGCCAUUUGAAUGGAUAUAUAAAACGCAGGAAUUGGCUGCUCAAAAGCUUGCAAAUUCCCCCCACGAUUCUUCUUCUUUCCAUUCCAUUUUCCCAUACAUUUAUAGGUUUUAUUCAUAAUAUCCCCUCCUUAUUUCCCUUAUUUUUCUUUAAUUUCCCAAAAGCAAGCAUUCAUCAGAUGGCCCAGCAAAAAGUGAUAUUCAAAAUCACUGCAAUGGUUGAUGAAACGACAAAGAAGAAAGCCAUGGAAGCAGUCGCUGAGGUUUACGGGGUGGAUUCAAUUGCCGCUGAUUUAAAGGACCAGAAAGUAACGGUAACUGGAGAAAUGGAUCCCAUCACUGUCGCUAAGAAACUCAAAAAACUGGGGCAUGUGGACAUAGUAUCAGUUGGACCUGCAAAAGAGGAGAAAAAGGAUGAGAAAAAAGAUGGAAAAAAAGAUGAAAAGAAAUAAAGGCAUUGAAACUCAGGCAUUGAAGCUGUGUUUCUUUUUUUUUUUGACCUUUUGACAGCCAUUGUGGAUUAUGCCGGGUACGAAGAAUCUGAGAAUGGGGAUUGGUGAGAAUAUGUUAUGUAAUUUACUUGUAUUUUGUAUUAAGUAAUAAUCUUGCUCCGAUAUGUCUGAUGGACGGUUCAGAUCA